UUUCACUGCUCGAAGACUCAGCGUGUGUAUCAGAGGAGAGCAGUGCAGUGUUGAUUAGUGGAGUAUAACUCUUGGGGGUUUAGAUCCGAAUUAAACAGAGGAUUACUGAAGUGAUUCGGCCGAAAGUUGUUGCUUUGUGUUUUCAGUUCAGUCUGUUUCAUAGACUCUGUGCUGCUGGAUGUGUGUUUGUUGAGAUGUGCCCAGAUGGCUUGAAGAAGCUUCUUCUAGCUAGCAUUGGUUAUCUUGAAGAUCUUGGAUGAUGAGGUUCACCACACAUCAUAUUCUGGUAGUGUUUAACUGGGAAUGUUGACAUUUUAGAAAGCCCUGGAUCUCCUGGAUGUUUGGUCUCCAACCAUCAUUCUCUGGAGAUCUAGCUAGAUUAGGUAGCAUUCUUUCUGCAGGAUUUAACUCUCAAUACAAUAGUUAUCUACCUAACAUCUUACUGAGCCAACCAAGCCCUUCUGAAGUUUAUAUUUAACAUCAAAAGUCUGUGAGAAGCAAAUCUAGCUUUCUAAGGGCAGUAGGCCUGCAACUAAUGAUUGUUUUGCUUUUCGAUUAAUAUGUUGAUAUAUACAUAUUUUUUCGAUUAGUCAGAUUAGUUCAUUUGUUUGCAUCCUGCUUCCUAUGGCUCCUGUUGCUAGCUUUCUCUCAUCCCUUUAACACAAUAGAAACAGCUAAAUGUUGGAUUUAGUUGUCUUUAAACGUGACAUGUUUUGAUAUUUAGUGAUAAAAUAUGUAAUCUGUCGUGUUUGGUCACUUUUGUGGACCAAGCUGAGUGUAAAUUGAGUAUGUGGGAAGUCAUAUACCCUCUCUAAUUGUGUUUCUGUCCCAAGCACUUUGUGUAGUACGAAGAUGUUAAAAAUUAACAAUUAAUUGACCCUGAAAUUUGGAAUUUUUAGAACCAGCAUUGUUGAUUAUGUUGACUAAUCUUCGCAGCCCUAAAGUGUAGGGUAUAAAAACACUGCAUAAUAUAACUGUGUAUAUGUUAACAGUGUGUACGUUUUUGGUGAGUGUAUAAUUCCAUUGAGCAUGUUGAAAAGUACUUAUACUGUACUGAGAUUUCUUUUCCGAGUGAAUUUUCAACAAAAAUAUCUGUUAGACAGGAACUUUAUUGAUCCCAGAGAAAAGUUAUGAAUGUUGAGCUCUCGUUAGCUUUCAGUUUUUUUUUAAAGUAACGUUGUGUAAAUGAGCAGUUGUUAUCCUGCUGUUGCUAAGCUAAACAGAAAAUGUUGUCAUAAAAAAAACCACCAGACCACUUUAUUUUUAACAAGUGGAAGCAUAUUAAUUAGAAUUAUUUAAUAGAAUAUUUUGUGCUAAUGCUGUCCAGCAGUGCUAGCCGGGGUUAGGAGCAGGCUACAGGCCUGUAUAUUUGCCUCUGAAUGGCAAAAGAGCUAGCGCGGUUAGUGGCCAAUGCUAAUGCUGCUCCAGCAGUGCUAGCUGGGGUUAACAGCAGGCUACAUGCUGAUAAUAAUACUCACCUCUGAAUGGCGAAAGGGCUAGCGUUUAGCACAGUUAGCGGCUAAUGCUAAAACUGCUUGAGCACUAAACUAAGGCUCCUGUAUAAUACUGUACUUUAGCGGAGUGGCUUUACUGCUCCUUAAUACCUCAGUGAUAUAAUUUAUACAUAAGGCGCACUUGAUUAUAAGGUGCACAGGCAAUUUUUGGGAAAAUUAAAGGAUUUUAAGUAUGUCAUCAAUAAUAGUUCAAGCAGACAAUUAUAUAUAACAGUAUCCAACCCAUUUCAUAGUUCAGAAAAGAACAAUGGAAAACAUUGAACAUUUAUUGUUAACAGAUCACUACUAGCAUGGGAUCAGUAAGCCUAGCCUGCAUCUGAAACCGGUACCACAUGGACAUGGAUGAUCCUUAUUCAGACCUGCAGGCUGUGUUCCAGAUCUUCCAGGCCGGGGUCAUUCCUGGAACAUCUAGUGAAGAGCUGGCAGGCAGAGUUUUCUCAGCCCUAAAGCGCACUUUACAACCUUUAAGCCAAUCUCCACUCAGCGCUGAAGGUCCAGACGUGGACUCGGCAUGCCUGUGUCUGACCCUCAUUGGGAAAAUGAUUGCUGGACUGUCAGGAAACAGUUUGCCACAGAAUGCCAGAACCUUCUACAGAGAUGUCCUGAAGAAAGUGUUCACAUCUGCAGAUCUGAUGUCGGAGCUUGGUGAUGUGGAUGCUGUUUGGACAGCAGCCUGUGCUGAAACAUUUGGUUCUUCACCUCCUGGAUGCACACUGGACACAAGCCUGUGGUCACUAACAGAGGUGAUCAAAGGAAUCCUAAGAGGAGAGUGUGCCAACAAACCAGAGAUUUUGAGGAAACUUCUCGCUGGUUUUGAAGAAGUUCUCACUUCCUUGUUUUUCAAGAUGCUCCUUCAUGACGCCUUUGAAAAUUCUCAGGUGGCAGAGAACAUCACUGAUCUGGAUGUCACUGUAUCUACUUUCAUGGACCUCCUGGAAGCUCUCUGUGCUGCGAGGCCGAGGUACGGCGUUUGCUCCACAGUUCAGAGACUGAUGUUCCUCCACAGCUCAGUGCUGCUCCGUCUGAUGGACUCCUGCCUGGGGUACUUUGUGAAGAAGCGAGUGCUGCUGUUACUGAAGAGGACAGUGGUUCAGAGGCCUGGAGAAGACUGGGCUUUAGGUGAUCGUCACUCUGCGCUGCAGGAGGACGAGUUCCUGGCUGGUGACAUGCUUGUGUUGGCGGAUGCUGUUCUGCAGGAGGUGGCGGCUGGUUGGUUUAGGCGGAUGUGGGUCAAACCCCAGCCCAGUUUCUUGGGUGGGAACAGGCAGAAGUUUCCGGAGGGUGAGGGGAAAGAUGUAGUGAUGCUGAGAGCUACUAGCCUCAUCCUGAUCAAGAGUCUGCAGAUUAGAACACAACAUGCUGGCACUGAAGAAUCUGAGCGUGCUCUUCAUGUUCAGGAGUAUCUGCUGGAGCUUCUGGCUUUUCUUCAGCAGCGUGUGGCUCAGUUUAAAGGAGAACCUCACAGCUGCUCCUGGAUCCUGAUGGUGUUUGCUGAACAAGAUGAUGACAUGAUGGAGGCACUGAAGACACUGACCUCCUUAUAUUUGUUUCAGAGAAGCACGAGUUCCUCAGGCUGUGAUGCGUGUAGCUGGGGCUGUAACCCACACUGUCACUUUAUCCUGCUGCUCCAAAGUCUCUGCUUUGAUCACACUGUUCUCCUGGAUUUCCUAAUUUCUACUGAAACCUGUUUCCUGGAGUACUGCGUUCUCUAUCUGAAGCUUUUACGGGACAACUGGCGGGACUUCAGUGAUUCUUGUUGCUGUAUUAAAAACUCUGGGGGGAAUUUUAAAAGCUUCCAGAAAGUGACAAACACUCAGGCUGGUACUUCAGCUUCUGAAGCUUCAUUUGAAGGGACAUCAGGAACAUCAAGAACAUCUAAACACCAAAAUGCAUCUAAAGGAGACGCCACAUUCUGUUCUUUUCCCCGAUUGGUGGAUUAUGGUAGCUCGGAGGAGUCUGAGGAGGAAGAAGGGAGUGAGAACCCUAAGUUGGCUCUAGAAGAUGGAGAGAGCCGAACAGAAGGAGAUUAUUUGGUGGAGAAAUUAAGAAAAGACUCCUCUGACUCUCUGGUCAGUAACGUUAUGUCGUGCCUCACUGAGUUAAAGACAGUUCUCUGCAGACUUCACAGCAGAGGCCUUUUCCCAUACAACCCUACUUCACUUCUCAAGCUGAUAAAGGCUGUUGAGGCUAAAGCAGCCUCCUAAUUUAACAGUAAGACAAUUUAUCUGCAGUAAAACUACUACUAUUACUGUAAAAAAAAAAACAGUAAAAAAAGGUCUCCAAACUCCAGAAUGUUUUGCAUUGAGAAAGCUAUGGUUUUAUAAAGGAUAAAGUCUGGAUGACUUCAAUAUUCAUUUAUAAUAUUGGGGGGGGGGGACCUUUGACUGGUACUGUACAUUGUUUAAAAGCAAUAAUUUAUAAAGGCCAAAAAAGA